UAAUGCUUGUUUCAAAUGCCACUAAGUUUCAUGUUUGGCUUAUACCACAACGUUGGUACCGAGAUACACUAGUUGAAGACGUUUCAGAAUUUAAAAAUGAGGUGGUGAUUACUGUGACAUCAAAUGAGAACGUUGAUGUAUUCGAAAAUGCUAUGCAAGUUGACUUUUCACACUUAGAAAGUAUCUGUGGAAAUCAUAUUUUUACCAAGCCGAUUAAUCAUAAAAUGAUGUGUAGGCAACAAUGGGGAAAAGGGUUUGGCAUGUUGAAAAAAGCGCUUAACUUAGCGAUUAUGACAAAUAGAUCAGAUGAGCUUUAUGAAAUCCAUGAAGAACUUAUUAAAGAAAUGGAGAUGGAACUUGAAAAUCAAGAGGAUAAUGCUACAAAAAAUAAUAAAUUUGAGGAGCUUGCUCGCACUAUAAAUAAUCCAAUUAGUAUUAGAACGAAAGGUAGACCGGGUAAAAGAAUUAGGGCUUUUAAUGAUAUGGCGAAUAUAUUGAAUAACAAGAAAGGAAAACAUAAAGUAUUACGAAUUAAUCAAGGUCAAAAAUCUGUAAGUGAUACAAAAGAAGGUGGUGUGAGCAAGAGAAAAUGUAAAAAUUGUGAAUUGAGCAGCCAUAAUGCACGAACGUAUCCCAAUAUUGUAGAAUGUAAUAAUGUUGAAACAGAGUCUGUAAGUGAUACACCAGAAGCUAGUACAAGCAAGAGAAAAUGCAGCAAUUGCGGUUUGAAAG